UGAAACUAACGAAAGGUGUAUGUCCUAGACACGUUAGGGCUACAUGAUAUAACCAAUAAUGAAAAACUAAUACAAAAGCUUAAAACAGAUGAUACACCUCCUAGUACAACUGAAGUCAGGGUAACUGAAACUGAACCUGGCUUGCUAAAGAUAGAGUAUCCGCCACUAAGUGAAAUGGAUAUGGAGCAGUUGAAUUGUGCCCAAAAGGAAAGUAAAGUAGAAGAAGCAUCAGAGUUACCCCUGAUGGUAGAUGAUAAAAAAGAUCAACGAAUCGAGAAAUCCCAAUGGACGGAGAAAUCUAUCGUAAAGAAAACAGAAACGUCUAGCAAAGCUCAGGCAGAAAGUCUUUACUCCGGGGUUUGUGACAACUGGAGAGAUGAGAACGUUCUACGAAUACGCACUGACUUCUGUUUAAAGGAUAUUCCAGACAAGAUUGUUUUAGGAAAAACUAAAAAUGGAAAGCGGCUAGUUUGCCGGGUCAUGAAAGCGGACGAAAAUGUUGCUAAAGAAACCCAACAUUCUGACGCAGAAGUGGACAGCAUUUCUGACUCGAUUGGUUCUAGCGAUUUGGGCGACGACAAACUAGACAGCAUAUUCAGGAUGUGCUUCACAGAAAGCACCGUCAAGUACAGGAGCGCUGAUGUGGCGUUCGCAGAGAAGGUCAUCCGCAACCUGGUGCGGCUGCCCGCCGUCAAGCCCGCUGUGGCCAACCGCCACGUGCUCGUCACUAAGGUAGUAGUGACACAUGAAGACGCAAACCUCAUAGAGAGCCUGCCCACGCUGGUGACUGGCGAAGUCGUGCCGGCGGAGAAAACUUGGCGGUUCGUUCACCGACCAGAAUUAUAUGCUACGGCGAAAGAUGAACUAUCACAAGCAAUAGACAGCUAUUCCGGGGUGGACCACAAUUUCCUGCACAUUCACAUCCACGAGAUACGAUUACAAGAUAUCGUGCGGACAUCAGUCACUUUGAACAAACGACGCCUGGAAUUGUCAAGCACGCAGCACUCAGAAAGGAUAUUCAUACCGGCCCUGCCACUGAACGCAUCCAACGACGUGGAACCAGAAAACACCAUGUUUGGCUACGCCUGCGGGACUUGCGCCGCCAUAUUUAGAACAGAGAGAGACCUUAAUACACAUCGAGAGACUCAUAAAAUGGACACGGAUGACAGAUUGACCAUAGACACACGAGAAGAAAACCACAACAAAAAUGGGAUCCUUGUUCUAUCCGAUCCUCUCAAUAAAACUAAAACGUAUGCCUGCAUGCAAUGCAAUUCCAAGUUCCAAAGACUGAACAACUGCCAACGGCACGUGAAGACCCACAUGGCACCCGUGGACAGCGAAAACCCGGACGACAAGAAAAGGGUGUACAAAUGUAAAAUAUGCUACAGCUUUUUCCACCACGCUCCUACGCUGUUGAAGCAUAUUAUGAAGAGCCAUAUUAAAGUGGAUAAAUAAUUUUAAAA